GCCAAAGAGCCACAGGAGGAGUUUUCAUUUUCACUCUCAGUGUUUUCAAGUUUGCAGACGGCCGCGUUCACGUGUCCUUUUCGGUAGUGGGACUUUGGAGCUCCUGGCCGCGACACCUGCCUGCCAAGCGGCGUCGAGGGGCGCGGCCGGGAUCGACGCCCGCAAAUCUCGGUCGGGACUUCACUUGGGCAACAAAAAAAGUCACAACAAGGAGUGGAGAGGACUUUUUUUAGGAACAUCCCGGGGCUUCUACGCGCACGCUGCCCCCCUCCCCGAAGGAGCUUCACGCGGCGGGGCCAAUUGAUUGACUCCGUUGGCUGGAGUUGCAACGGAGUCACCCGCAUCCACUGACAGACUGAUGUCCCUCCCUCCAAAGGGAACCGGGGGAUCGACUCACAGGAAUAUGGCCAGCACAAGCGGUGGUGGUGGAGGAGGAGCAGCAUUGGAGAAGAACAUCUUAAGCCAGAAGAGCAGCACCACUUACUUCACUUCAUCUUCAGUGGGCGUAAGCAGCAGUAACUACAGCUCCUCCUCGGGGGUUUACCUGGGAGGAGACUCCGUUGGAGCGGGCAAUGGCACGGCUAGCUACCUGGAUGGUGAGGGUUACGGCAGCAGCGGUGGUGGCGGAGGAGGAAGCAGCUACGUCGUCAGCUCGGUGACCAAGGUCAGCUCGUCAGGCGGUGGCAAGAGAACGCAGGGCGUCUCCGCCAUCUCCUCAGACAGGAAGCAUGCAGGGUCCAGCCGCUCCGGAGGUUACGAGGGGAGUUCCAGUGCUAAUUCCUCCCCGGAAUUUUCCCGCAAAGACUAUGGAAUCUAUUGCUCCGGCAACAGCAGAGGGAGAAGCGAGAGCAGAGAGAGCGAGAUCCGGGCUCGGCUGCAGAGCGCCUCGCCCACGGCCGGCAGAUGGGCAGAGCUGGAUGACGUAAAGAAACUGCUGAAGGUUCGUUCAAGCAGCUCCAGCCCCGUCCGCGCCUCCAGCACGUCUGCCAUCACGAGUGGCCCUAAGAAGGCCAGUGUGGAAACCCAGACCAUCUCAGUGACCUCUCGGGCCUCACAGUCAGUGAUAACAUUUGGUUCCGGUGUCAGAUCGGACGGCUUCCACCCUGUGGACUCUUCCGGCUUGCUUACAGCGGGCCAUUUUGAUACUGGUGGAAAAACCAGCCAUUAUGAAGGCAGUCUCAAAUCAGGUCACUAUAGUGACGCAGGGAGGUCAGACAUUGGCACCAGAUCAGUCACGUAUGAAACAGGCGUGCGAUCGGGCCAGUAUGGCGCUGGCAUGAGAUCGGUGUCCUACGAUACUGGCGUGUGGACCGGACAGUACAACGGCGGUGCUAAAGUAGGACAGUACGAUACAGGAGUCAGGUCCUUGACGCAGAACGGUGCCGUUGCCACCCAGUAUAAUGGUAGUUUGAGGUCUGGGCAGUACGAUACCGGUGUCAUAUCGUCUCAGUAUGGCGGCAGUUUGAGGUCGGGUCAUUAUGACACCGGCGUUCAGUCGUCUCAGUACAGCAUCAGUCAAAAAUCAGGCAUCCACGACUCUGCCGUCAGAUCCACCGAGUAUGACUCGGACGCCCCGCUUCCGGGUUUCCCGUGGUCCACCGCCACCUUGCCGUCCGCCGCAGGCACCUCCGCGGCGACUGCUGGCACAGCUAGUAGUUACGCCUACCAGGCUGGCGCGAACAACAUGUCAGGGGGAGCUACACCAGUCGGUCUGGCUGCAACUUCCUUGUCAGUUUAUGGCUUUCAGAAUAAUUUAGCACCCUCUACUGGCGCUGCAAUCACUACAAGCGGAGCUAAUGCCAACAUGACAUCAGCUUAUGGAGCUCAUAAAAACGCUUCUGGCAUUGGCGGAGGUGUCGUCGGCACAGGAGUCUCUGCAACUAAUCGAUCUCAAAACGAGGACGCGUACAAGGACUACAUGUUCGUGAAUUCUGACAAAGACAAUGCCAGGGACACAGAGACGCUCAUUUUGGCCAAAGACAGCGGCAAGCAGUUCAGCAGGACUGUUGGAGGAGGUUCGCUCUCGGGCGAUUCCAUCCAGAAGGAGAAGCUCGUCACGGGCUACGUCGACGGAGCUCAGCUCAAAGCAGGAACGGGAAACGCUUACUAUGGCUCAUCGGGGGUUUUAAUGAAAGACAAAGGCACACAUGCACAGCUCCGUAAGAAGGGCGGCGCUUGUGGUGGCGGCUGGUGCUGCUGCUUUGACGCCUGUUGCUCGUGGUGGAAGUGGUUGCUGGCGUUCCUGCUCCUCUUCCUGCUCCUGCUCGGACUCCUCUUCGGCCUCAUUGCGCUGGCUGAAGACGUGAGAAAGCUGAAGAAUCGUGUAGCCACAUUGGAGAGCGAGUCGGCCAUCAUCUCUGCUCGCACCAGUCGUCUGGUGGGUCUCGGCGACAACACCUUCGUGGGCGGCGGGGGCCAAUCCGGCCCGGGCAUAUUUGUGUUCGGCGGAGGAGGCUCGGACUCUAGUUCUGGAACGCAAAUUGACGUUGCUGUCGGUGCCGGAGGUGGCUCAGCUGGGAGUGCGGGUGCCAGUGCAGGAGCUGGGGGCGCUGGUGACGCCAGUGGUACUACCGUGGGUGGUGCUGCUGGAGCCGGUGGUGCUGCUGGAGCCAGUGGUGCCGCUGGAGCCGGUGGUACCAGUGUGGGUGGCGCUGGAGCCAGUGAUACCAGUGUAGGUGGCGCUGGAGCUAGCGGUACUGUUAUAGGUGCUGGUGGAGUCACUGGAACCGGUGCGAGUGGUAGCGCAGGCACCAGCUUAGGUGGCGGCUCCAGUUCCGAGCGUACUACCAUCAUUAUCGCCGGCGGCGCUGGUGCUGGCACUGGUACUAGUGGAACGGGCUCCAGUGGCGGCGCGGGCUCCAGUGGCGGCGCGGGCACCAGUGGUGGCGCCUUUGGUGGCGCCGGUACCAGUGGCAGCCACUCCUCCUCAAGCCACACUACCAGCCACACCUCCAGCGUGAGUCACAGUGGCGGCCAGGGCUUUUGGACCAGCGGGACUGGCGGUUAUGUGGAUGCUGCUGCCCUUCACAUGGCCAUCCAGAGGAUGGUGAGAGGGGAAAUGCAGUCACAGGCAUUCCAAGCUUUUAUAACAGCGACAAUGCAAGGAGAAAGAGGACUGCCUGGACCUAAAGGUGACACUGGUCAUCCCGGAUUUCCAGGUGCUCCCGGUCCCAUUGGCCACGAGGGUCCUCAGGGUCCAAAGGGCCAGAAAGGAAGCCAUGGUGAACAUGGACUGGAGGGUCCUCCUGGUUUGAGAGGGCGAGAAGGGCCUCCUGGACCCAGGGGAGAACCAGGAUUUGGCUCCAAAGGUGAAAAAGGUAAUUCAGGGGAAUCUGGAGCCCCUGGUCAAAAAGGUGCUUCUGGGCUCCUUGGAGCACCAGGUCCUCAAGGUUUCCGUGGAGAAGCAGGGUCACCUGGACUUAAAGGUGAUCGUGGGUUACCUGGUCUUCCUGGACCAACUGGAGAAAUGGGACCCAAGGGAUCAGCAGGACAAGAUGGUUCAAAAGGUUCAAGAGGUGAUCUCGGAAGUCCUGGCCACCCUGGACUUCGAGGCCCAGCUGGGCCACCAGGAGAUGCUGGACCUCCAGGACUACCAGGCAAUCCAGGUCAACCAGGCCCUAAAGGUGAUACAGGUGAAGCUGGAAGAAUUAUUAACGCAGCCGGUGUUGCCACGGUACACAUCCCUGGACCACCUGGGCCUCGUGGACCACAGGGAGUAUCAGGUCCCAGUGGCCCUGCUGGUCCACGAGGUCCUAAAGGCGACAGAGGAGAAUCGGGACUGACAGUGAGGACGUCUGAGAGUUUCAGCUCCAGUGUAGCUGAAAGGCAGCUUGGUUCUGGUGGUGUGUCAUCCUUACCUGGCCCACCGGGUCCACCUGGGCCACCUGGGCCUCCAGGCCAGCCAGGUUAUGGAAGACCAGGACCUAAAGGUGACAAAGGAGAUUCUGUUGUUACAUCCAGCUCUGGAACUUUUUAUACUGGACCACCAGGACCACCUGGGCCUGCUGGGCAGAAAGGAUCCACAGGUUCUCCAGGACCGAGAGGCUACCAAGGUGAACCAGGACAACCCGGCUUACCAGGAAGACCAGGAAGUUUGGAGCGAGUAUCCACCUAUAGCGGGGAGCACAGAGUACAAGGACCCCCAGGCCCACCAGGACCUCCUGGACUUCCAGGACCACAGGGAGUCAAAGGUGACACCGGAACUCCUGGUUCUACUCGAGUUACAGCAGGGGCCCCAGGUCCCCCAGGACCACAAGGACCUCCCGGUCAGCCCGGUUCUUUCUCUUCCUCCAUCGAAAUGCGUCAAUACUUGACAGACUACCUAACAAGAAGCAGACAGUCCGGCGUUCCGGGACCUCCGGGUCCACCCGGGCCUCCUGGACAACCCGGAAGUUUCUCAGGUUCCAUAGAGGAGAUCUCUGCUCGUAUUGUAGCCUACUUGCAACGUUCCGGCUCAAGCUCAGGCAUUAGCAUCGGUGUUACGGGUCUCCCAGGACCUCCUGGUCCUCCUGGACCCGGAGGGGCCCUGACUGUCAGUGGUCUCAUUGCCAUGCUGCAGAGAGAUGACGUGAGGAGAUACCUGUCCGGCCCACCGGGUCCUCAAGGACCACCCGGGCCACCAGGAGGUUCAGGAGGGAUAUCUAGUGUUUACAGUAUCGAGGAGGUAGCGACAUAUGUCUUCAACAUAAUGAACGACAGAGGAAUUGCAAGAGGACCACCUGGACCACCAGGGCUCCCUGGGCCUCCAGGACAGGGCGGUUCGGGCGGCUCGGGCUACACAACAGUUUCAAUCGAUUACUCAGCGCUAAUUAGAAAUCCAGAGUUCCGUACGUGGAUGAGUUCCGCCCUGCACCAAGGUCCUCCAGGCCCCCCUGGUAGUCCUGGCCAACCAGGACCCCCUGGUCCUCAGGGACCGCCUGGGGUAUCCACCGCCACCGUAUUGGGGGCGGGUGGUCGCGGAUACAGCUUGGAGGAGCUUCAGCGUUACCUGCAGGGCUCUAGCUUCAGAGGUCUCCCAGGUCCUCCUGGACCUCCAGGCCCUCAAGGACCACCUGGUAGCUCCGGCGGCACCGUUACGUACAGCGGAUCAUUCCCUCGGGAGACCAUCCGUGCUGAAGUUCACGACUACCUGACCACUGACAGCGUCCGACGCGCCAUGACCGGACCACCGGGUCCUCCUGGGCCGAGGGGCCUUAAGGGAGAUCGUGGGGAGCCGGGUUACGUCCAAAGACACAGCAGCCACAGUCAUAGCUCGUCUCAAAGCGAUUCUCGCUUUGUCUCCCAGCAACAUGAGAUUGAUGUUAGCAAGCUGAGUGAGACCAUGGACUACAGCAGUGUCGCCUUGAAAGUCUCUGACUACAUCAAGAACCAAGGUCUCCUGCAGGACUACCUUGUGGAGGGCCCUUGGAGGACGCACGUAAGAGCAGUCCAAGGACCUCCCGGCCCCCCGGGACCCCCUGGCGCACCCGGUUACAGUCGGGUGAUAGCGGCCUACGGCAAUGUCACAGCUGACCUCAUGGACUUUUUCAGAACUCACGGCACCGUUCCCGGUCCUCCAGGAAUUGCUGGACCCAGAGGAGAGAGAGGCUACCCAGGACCCAAGGGAGAUAAGGGUGAUCCAGGACGUCCAGGGUUACCAGGGAUUCCAGGGUCGUACACCAUCCAAAUUCCACAUCGCGUACAAAAGAGAGACACAGGAAGAAAAGUAAUCAAGAGGGAACAGCUCGAAAGUCCUGCAGAUGGCGGCUGAAGCGGGCUUACUACUUUCUUCUGUUUUCUCAACUGUAGUGAUGCAAGGAGAAGGAAAAAAAGAAAGCUUUAGCUCUGCUGCUGGCCGGUGUUUAGUUGUUUGGACACAUUUUCCAUCGCUCACGUGUAGAUGUUUAAUAUUUGCUUUUUUGGAGGAUGAAAAUAUUACUAUAGUAGAAUUAAGCUCGAGUGACUGAAGUAUUUUUUUUUUUAAUUUUUGAAGUAUUCUACUGUAUUGAAGUCAAUGUGUUGCUGUUUUUAUGAAAUUUCCAUUAUAGUGUCAUUAGCCACUUGCUACAGAAGCCUCCAGGAUCCCUUUAAAUGAUUUCAAACAGGCUAAUUAUAAAAUGUAUUUACAUUUGCAUUGUAGCAUUAGCAUUCACCCAGCCAACUUUUUUUGCUGUAUUCAUGUCAGAUUCGAACUGUACUUGAAUCAUAUGCAGAUUAACAUGCAAGUAAAGCAAUAAUCCGCUUCAGUGCUGCAGAUGAAGCUUAAUUAGAUUGUAUAUUUUUGUAUAGAAAAACACUGACUUUGAUGUAUCGACUUUAUACCGUCACAUUUUGUGGAAAAUAUUAAAUUAUGAAUUGC